GGAAGAAUUUCCUAGAUUUCACACUGCUCUCGCGGUUCGGUUGGGGAAAGUAUAAAAGUUCCCUGUCUCCGGGACGUCGAACGACAUUUGCUGGGAGACAGGAUGAAAAUCGUACAGGUAACCGUACUGUUGGGUGCCCUGUUCGCCGUCGCCCUGGGCGGCAGGUGCAUCAGGGACAAUACCAACGGCGAGCCGGGAUGCAAGACGAAGGAAGAGAUCGACCAGGGCUACUGGCGCCACAACUUUGACCCGACGCGCUUCUGGGAGUGCACCAAGCUGAACGAACCGGCCGUCCUGCAAAGCUGCCAACACCAGGCGUUCCACCCGUCGCAGCUCGAGUGCGUCGACUGGGACAACUGGGAGUGGGAGCCGGUCUGUGCGCCCCUUAGCCGACCUUGAAGCCUUGAGAUGUCCGGGGUACUCCGGUCCCA